AUGCAACAAGGAGCCGAGGCCACUGGAAAUGAAGAGGCAAAUAAUGGCAAUCAAAGUAUAUGGAAUCCAUUGUUUAUGAGUCAGGAAGAAAACGUUCAACAGCUGCCGCCUCCACAGGGGCGGCAGCAGGUACAAUUCAAUUUCGUUAACCCUUGGGGAGUCGCGAAUGGAGAAAAUGCUCAAGUAAACCAGGAUAAUGUACCAGAUGAGACUGCUUAUUUGACACCGAGUGAUAAGGAGAAUGUGGAUUCGUUUGCAAGACGGAAAUCAAGCUUGGUGAUACCUCCGGCAAGGGCACCAGGUCCAAAUCCUUUCGAGUAUGAUGAUGCAAAGGCGUAUCCGAAUAUGUAUUCUCAACGACAAAGACCAAUGUUCUUCCCACAACAGCAGCAGCAGUUGCCCCAACAGACGUAUAAUAGCGGUCGGUUUGUACCUUCAGGAUUCUAUAAUCCACAAGAUUCACAACGAAGACAAAGCGUGGCGGUCGUUCAUUACCCCACAACCGCACCCAAUACUUCUAAUGCUUCUACGAUGAUUCCUGCUACUGGCGCAACACAUAUGAACUCUCCGAAUAGAAGACUGAGUGCUUAUCCGCCUAGUACUAGCCCCACGACAUCGUUACAACCGCCUUAUAAGCAACUGAGACGUGAUCAAGGUACAGCCCCACCACAGCAGAUCAUCAUUCCUCAGAUGCAGAGAUGUACUUCGAAGACCGAUUUGUCACCAAUGGUAAACGCUACUCCAAAGUUUAGGCGUGCUUCUCUCAACUCCACAACUAUGUCGCCUCUGAUCGCAUUGACUAAGAACCUUAUUACAACUUAUUCGCUUUGCUCGCCCGAUUUUUCUUACCAGACGUCGAAGAACCCAAAGAGGGUGCUGACCAAGCCAAGCGAGGCCAAGUGUAAUAGUGGGUUCGAUAAUGUCAAUAGUGACUAUAUUCUUUACGUGAACGACGUGCUGGGAACAGAACAAAACAGAAGAUACUUGGUUCUUGAUAUACUAGGUCAAGGUACAUUUGGCCAAGUGGUCAAGUGUCAAAAUGUCCACACAAAGGAAAUAGUCGCAGUUAAAGUAGUCAAAUCAAGAGCUGAAUAUUUGAACCAGAGUAUCACAGAGGCGAAAAUACUAGAAUUACUGAAUACGAAAGUGGACCCGAUGAACGAGCACCAUUUCCUAAGGUUGCAUGAUACGUUUAUUCACAAGAAUCAUCUCUGCUUAGUCUUUGAACUAUUGAGCAACAAUCUUUACGAGUUACUAAAACAAAACCAAUUCCACGGGUUAACCAUCCACCUAAUACGAUCAUUCACUACGCAAUUGUUGGACUCUCUUUGUGUGCUCAAGGAUAGCAAAUUGGUUCAUUGUGAUUUAAAACCAGAAAACGUUCUACUGUGUUCACCAGACAAACCAGACUUGAAGAUCAUCGAUUUCGGUUCAUCAUGUGAAGAGAGGAGAACUAUUUACACCUAUAUUCAAUCCAGAUUCUACCGAGCUCCCGAAGUCAUCCUAGGUAUACCUUACUCGACAAGUAUCGACAUGUGGUCUCUCGGGUGUAUCGUGGCAGAAUUGUUCCUUGGGAUUCCAAUUUUUCCUGGUUCGUCAGAGUUCAAUCAAUUAACAAGAAUAAUCAAUUGCUUAGGGUACCCACCAACUUGGAUGAUGGAUAUGGGAAAGAACACUACGAAAUUCCUAAAAAAAACCGACAAUAACGACUUACAAAACAUAGGAACAUACAAAGAUUCUCAAAAAUUUACAUUGAAGACGGUGGAUGAGUACAAUCUGGAGUAUUCCGCGCAAGAGCAGCCAAGUAAGCAGUACUUCAAAUGGGAUAAAUUACCGGACAUUAUCAAACACUAUAGAUUAUCGAAGAAAAUCAAGAAUUACAGUAACUUGGUUGAACGAGAAAUGCAAGAUCGUCAAUGUUUAACCCAUUUUCUCAGCGGUAUAUUAAAUUUGAAUCCGCUCGAGAGGUGGACCCCACAACAGGCAUCUUUACAUCCAUUCAUUACACAACAGCCUUUCACAGGAGAGUGGUACCCGCCGGGUUCAUUCCAAGGUUCAACCUCAACAGGUGCAGAAACCACUCCGGCUCCAACCAUCAAAAGACCAGGCAACGUUAGGUACCCUUCAUUCCAAGAGGGUACCGCAAGGGAAUUUAACAAGCUACGCAUAGUAGAGGAUUAG